AUGUCCCCUGCAGUGCCAGCAGCCCUGACGCUGGACCCCGGCACGGCUCACCACCGCCUCAUCCUCUCUGACGACUGCACCAUCGUGGCUUACGGCAACCUGCACCCCCAGCCUCUGCAGGACUCCCCCAAACGCUUCGACGUGGAGGUCUCGGUCUUGGGUUCGGAGGCGUUCGGUGGCGGGGUCCAUUACUGGGAGGUGGUGGUCUCUGAGAAGACCCAAUGGAUGAUCGGUUUGGCCCACGAAGCCGUUACCCGCAAGGGCAGCAUCCAAAUCCAGCCCAGCCGGGGCUUCUACUGCAUCGUCAUGCACGACGGGAACCAGUACAGCGCCUGCACCCAGCCCUGGACGCGCCUCAACGUCAAGACCAAGCUGGAGAAGGUUGGGGUGUUCCUGGACUACGACAAAGGGCUCCUCAUCUUCUACAACGCCGAUGACAUGUCCUGGCUCUACACUUUCCGGGAGAGGUUUCCUGGCAAGCUCUGCUUGUACUUCAGUCCCGGGCAGAGUCAC